UAUAACACUUUCACACAAGCUUAAUCUUAUAUCAUCACAUUCCGAAGUGUCGUAUGAUACUCUAAGAUCAACUUACUCUGUGACUUUUUGUUCGCAAAGUGGGGCAUUUUUGCCUAAACUGUUCAUAAUUUUGCUGUAAAACCAGACAAUUUUUGUAAUUAUUGAAAGGACGUCUAAGAAAAUUUUGAACUUAUUUCUCCGGCCGUCAAAAAAAUAUAGUUUACAGUUAAAUUAAAAUUCCCGAAAAAAGCAAUAAUACACUUGCUAUUCUAAACAAAUUCAACUUACCACUGAUUGGUUUAAAAAUGUCAAAUUUUGGUACCAGUGGACCGUCUGAUGACUCAUUGGCCUUUCUGGACAAAGGGAAAAACAAAGAGCCGAGACACAGUCUGAAACCCAUGCAGAACUCCCGAAGACUUCCGGAACGCCUGGAUCCAUUUAUGAGAGGCGGGGAUGGAGAUAGAUUGGAGGACAUCUCGAUGCUGAGACGCAAAUUGUCGGUGGUUCUUUGUGCUGCGUCCAUUUUCUUCGAGGGCAUCAAUUUGUCUCUAGCAGGUCCCUUUUUCCCAGACGAGGCCUCCAAAAAAGGUCUCGAUCAAGUUCAGGUAGGGUGGGUCACAGCCUCCUCGGACAUCAGCAGUCUUCUGUCCGCAUUCGCCAUCGGAAGUAUCGUGUGUCAGAAGAACCUCAAGUUCUUCAAUAUCAUCGGAAUGCUCUGGGUAUCAGUAUCCAUUGCACUUUUCGGCUGGGGUUCCAAUUGCGACAACGGAACCCAGUUUUACAUCAUCUGCCUGGCCUGUAAGGUCAUCAAUGGAGUGGGCACAUCACUGAUUCAAAACACGGUAGUCCCCCUGAGCGUCAGGAUGUUUCCCGACAGCUCGAGUUCAGUUACAGCGGUUAUUCACACCGCCUUUGGCCUCGGUUUAUUAUGCGGGCCGCUUUUAGGCAGCGUUUUGUUACCAAUUUCAAAUUAUGAAACCCCUUUUAUACUAACUGGUUUAGCUGAAGGUAUUACUUGCAUAUUGUCGAUAUUUUUGGUUCCCACAAAUGUAAAACAGACAAGUUUUGUGAAACCAAAAGUUAGUAACUCUGAAUUUUUGAAAUUCUUUUUUCAGCCAAGAGUUUUAUUAUUUAUAAUUCCUGAAAUGUUUCUGUUUUCAACUAUGGGAUUUCGAGACAGUUCGUUUGCGGAUUAUUUAAAGACCAAUUUGAAUGUCUCUAAAAAUAACGUAGGCUACGCUUUUCUACCCUUUUCAAUGGCUUACGUUGUAGCGGCACCGAUAUUUGGAGUUCUUGUCAAACGAGGCUUGGGUGUUUUCGUACUGAUAUUUGGCCAAGUUGUUAUUGUCAUGGCUUUUUUUGCCUUCUACGUUCCCAGUUUUGAGGAUUCGGUUGAAAAUGUACUGUAUGUAUUACCAAUGCUGUUCGUAUUUGGAGUAAGUGUAUCUUCAAUUUUCAACCCGCAUUACCUGGUUUUGGAGCAGAUAGCCCUCAAAAAAGGGUAUGACAACCCGGGUCAAAUCAAGACUCUUGGCGCUUCGUGUUACAAUCUAAUGGCAGCGACCAGUCGCUCGGUGGGUGCGUUUGUGUUCGGAGGGUAUCUAAACGAAGCGUUUCAGUUUUACAACACCUGUUUGAUAUACACGUGUGUUUUGGUUGUAAGCGCAGUUUGGCAGAUUGUCUACUUGGUUAAGGAGGGAUACAUAAGAAGGGUUUUCUAUCAUGCUGCAGAGGCGGACACUCUCUCGAAAUUGGACUGGUCCGAUCAACUCGAGUUGACCAGCAGUGGCAAGACAUCAGGCAGUCACUGCUCCGCCAGACCCCCCAAAUCAAGAACAGAGACACUUCUCAGCAUAUACAAGUCAACCGACCCAGUGCUAGCUUUUUAGAACUAAACUAAAUCUAACAAAAGUGCUUUUUUGUUCCGAUUAUCCAGUCAGGAGUGGGAAAGAACUUUGGACCAGGUUUUUUU